AUGCUGCUGCUGCUGCUGUGUGGAGUUCUGGCAAUUGGAGGGAUUUUCCUUCUGCGUCUGACUGUUUUCAAGCAGUCCAGUCUCAAACUGGCUGAAGGUAAAACUGUGUUGUGUCUUCCAGGAGGAAGCAGCGGCAUCGGUAAGGCCACGGCCAUGAACCUGGCCAGGAGGGGGGCCAAGGUGAUCCUGGCCUGCCAGGAAAGACUGAGAGCUGAAGCCGCCGUCCAGGAAAUCAUCCAGAAAACUGGGAACCAGCAGGUGACCUUCAUGCACCUGGAUCUGGCCAGUCUGCAGUCCGUUCGUUCCUUUGCUGAGAACUUCCUGAAGUCUGAGUCCAGGUUGGAUCUGCUCAUCAACAACGCUGGUGAGUUUAUUCAUUUGUUCUUCUACAUCUACGGAAAGACGGAGGACGGCUUCGGGAUGAUCUUCGGCGUCAACUACCUGGGUCACUUCCUGUUGACGCUGCUGCUGUUGGACCGGCUGAAGGCCAGCGGGCCGAGCCGGGUGGUAAACGUCGCCUCCAAGGCCUACGAGUCGGGGAAAGUGGAUUUUAAUUGCCUGAUGACUCACAAAGAUUUGGGUUUGGGCAACAACAGCUUCCAGCUCCUUAUGAUGUACUGCCACAGCAAACUGUGCACCGUCCUGUUCACCUACGAGCUCGCUAAGAGGCUGCAGGGCUCCAACGUCACCUGUUACAGCCUCCAUCCUGCUUCUGAUACUGAAGCUGGAGCUCAGACCAGCCUCCACUGUGCCCUGGAGCCAGGCAUCGAACACCUCAGCGGGCACUACUUCACCAAGUGCUCCCCUGUGACCAACAUCCACCCCAAGGGCAGGGACGACGCCACCUCCAGGAAGCUGUGGGAACUCAGCGAGAGUUUCUGUGGUCUGUCCUAA